CGCCGCCGCCGCCCGAGGACGACUACUAUCGCCGCGAGCCGCCGCCGCUCUUCCUCGGCGAGCUGCAGUCACAGAACUCCGACCUGCAGCGCGAGCUGGGCAACCUCAAGAAGGAGCUGGAACUGACCAACCAGAAGCUGGGCUCCAGCAUGCACAGCAUAAAGACCUUCUGGAGCCCGGAGCUGAAGAAGGAGCGGGCGCUGCGCAAGGAGGAGAGCGCCAAGUACAGCCUUAUCAAUGACCAACUCAAACUGCUCAACCAAGAAAAUCAGAAACAAGCGAUGCUCGUACGGCAACUGGAAGAAGAGCUCCGGCUACGCUUACGGCAACCUGCUCCCGAGCUGCAGCAACAGCUGGAGGCGCUGUACUCCGAAAACGAACACCUGCAGAGAGAGAUAGCGAUACUUAGGGACACGAUAAAGGAAUUGGAACUAAGGAUUGAAACACAGAAACAAACGUUACAGGCAAGAGAUGAAAGCAUCAAGAAAUUACUGGAAAUGCUACAAAAUAAAGGAAUGGGUAAAGAAGAAGAAAGGCAAAUGUUCCAGCAAAUGCAAGCAAUGGCACAAAAACAGGAGCUCAAGGCGACGGCGGACACGCUGCGCGCGCUGCAGGCGCAGCUGGAGCGCGCGCUGGCGGCGGCGGGGCUGCCGGGCGGCUCGGCGGGCGCCACGCUCACCGCCGUGCUGGAGACCAAGGAGGCGCGCAUCGCCACGCUGGAGCGGCAGGUCGCGCUGCUCGAGAGCGAGCUGGCCGCGCUCGGCUCGCCGCCGCCGCCCUCGCUCGCGCCCAGCCACGCCUCGCUAUACGAUAGGGCCGACCCGCCCUUCAAGCGCCAAUUGGAUGAGUUUCGUCUGGAGAUUCAGAGACGAGACCAGGAGAUCCUGGCGAUGGCGGCCAAGAUGAAGGCGCUGGAGGAGCAGCACCAAGACUACCAGCGACACAUAGCCGUCCUGAAGGAGUCGCUUUGCGCCAAGGAAGAGCAUUAUAGCAUGUUGCAGACUGAUGUGGAAGAACUGAAAGCUCGUCUGGAUGAGAAGAGCAGAAUGGUGGAAAAGAAGACUGCGGCUGCGCUCGCGGCCGCCCACGAGCUCGCCGAGCUUAGGGAUCACUCAGAGAUCAAGGAUCGGAAGAUCAACGUGCUGCAAAGGAAGAUUGAAAACCUCGAAGACCUCCUAAAAGAGAAAGAUAACCAAGUCGAUAUGGCGAGAGCCAGACUUAAUGCAAUGCAAGCGCACCAUUGUUCCUCCGAAGGUGCCCUUUCCUCCCUAGAAGAAGUCAUUGGUGACAAAGAAAAGCAAAUACAACAACUAAGAGAGCAAAGAGAUAGAGCUGAACACGAGAAAAAUGAAGAAAGAGAGCUCCAUGAAAGAGAAAUAGCAGAUUAUAAAAUGAAACUCCAUGCCCUUGAAAGUGAAGUAGAAAAACUCGGUGCCAGAUUAGAAAGAGCUCAAGCGGAGAAGGAUAGACUCGAAGCUAAAUUAGAAAGUUCACAAUCUGAGUUAGGAAAAUCAAAGGCUGAGUUAGACAAAGCAGCGAGUGAAGUCGGUAGGUCGGGUGCUGAUUGGGAAGCUGCGAAACAACGGUUGGCCAGACUUGAACUUGAGAACGAGCGGUUAAAGCACGAACUAGAAAGAUCACAGACAACGUUUGGUAGAAGUACAUUAACCACAUCUCAAGAAUUAGACCGGGUUCAAGAGAAAGCUGAUAAAACUUCUACUGAGUUGAGAAGAACUUUAGCCGAAUUAAGAGUAACUCAAGCGGACGCUGAAAGGGCCAGGUCUGAAGCCAGCGCGCUUCAGGACAAGUUGGAAAAGUCACAGGGUGAGGUCUACCGUCUCAAAGCGAAACUUGAAAAUGCACAAACUGAACAAGAUAGUCUAAAGGAAGAAUACGAUCGCGUACAAUCCACCAUAAGUCGCCUGCAUUCCGAACGUGACAAGGCAAUAGCAGAACUAGACAAGGCUCGAGAGGAACUAGAAAGGACACAAGCCACUCUGGGCAAAGCACAACUACAGCAAGACAAACUCCAAGCUUCUCUGGAUUCAGCGCACUCAGAGAUUGACAAACUGCAAGAGAAGCUGGAUAAAUCUGCUACUGAAGUUAGAAAGUUGCAAGUAGACCGAGAGAAGUCAGCCUACGACUUCGAGUCUCUGCAGUCACAGCUGGACAAAGCCCUCGGCCAAGCGGCCAGGCUGCAGAAGGAGAGAGACACUGCCCAACUUGAUGCAGACCGGUACAGAGACAAGCACGACAAGGCACAGGCGCUCGUAGCCCGUGUGCAGAAAGAGAGAGAUGCAGCGCUAGCGGAAGCCGCCAGCUGUCGCGAACGUGCGGAAGCGGCAGCUGCAGCAGCCAAUAGGGCAGCAAGAGAUAGAGAUAGUGCAGCAACUGAGCUGGACGUGCUCAGAGAGAGAUGGGAGAAGGCGCACCAACAGCAUCAGAAAUUGACGAUGGAGAGAGACGAUGCCCUCACAGAGUUAGAGAUAUUGAAAGAGAAGCUCGAUAAAGCUUUAUACUCGACACAAAAGACUAUCGAAGAAAAAGAGACAGCGCACAAAGAAUACGAAAAAAUGCUUGAAAAGUAUGAUAGAUCACAAAACGAAAUCUACCGCCUACAAAACAAGAUAGACAUACUCGAAGCAGACAAAGACCGCCUUGAACUGGAAUUAGAGAAAAAUAUUCAUCUGGCAACGAAAUCUAGAGAGGAUCAAAGAAAACUACAAGACGAGCUUGAUAGGUUACAGGAAAUGUACGAUAGGGCAUCUUUACAACUAGGCAGAACUAAAGAACAGGAAGAAAAGGCUAAAGAGGAUAUGGAUAGAUUAAGCGUCGAUAUUGAAAUGAUUCGAGAACGUUAUGAGAAGAGUCAAAUCGAACUACGAAGAUUACAAGCAGAGAAAGAAAAGUUGAUUGCUGAUAACGAACGUCAGCAAUUUGAAUAUGACCGAGCGAUGACGCAAUGUGGUAAAGCACAAGCUUCGAAUGAGAAAACUCAAGAAGAAAUGGCAAGGGUACAAAUAGAACUUGAGAAAAUGUAUGACAAGCAUGACAAAGUAUCUGCUGAGCUGAGAAGAGUCCAAGCAGAAUUAGAUAAAGUAAAAUCAGACGCAAGUGGAGCGAGGGAAGAGGCAGAGCGAUAUGCGGCACGUUAUGGAAAGUAUCACGAUACUAAAGAGGAACAUGAAAGAACUAAGUUGGAGGUGGAACGACUGCGCACACGGCUAGAGAAGACAACUCUAGAGCUGGAGCGAGCGCGGAAGGCCGAGGAGGAAGUAACCCGUCUGCGCUCGGAACUUGAACGCGUCGAAGGCCUCCGAGGUAAAUACCAAUUCGAACAGGAUAAAUGGAGUACAGAAAUAAACCGACUACAGGCUGAGCUAGAUAAACAUCGUGAGCGCUACGAGGCGUCGCAAGCAGAAAUUCAACGUCUUCAAAGUGAAAAGGAGCAAGCGGAAACUAAAUUCCAUGAACUUAAUAUACAACUUGAACUUUCUAAGACUGAACUUACUAAGCUUAAUGCAGCAAUGGAGAAGCAACGGGCGGAUCUUGAGAGAGCUCAUAUUGAGUGCGAAAAGUUUAGGGAUCGGUGUGAGAAACUUAAGUUGCGUUCAGAUCAGCUGGAUAAAGAUAACGAAAGGCUUAAAGGUGAACUACAACAGAUCGAAAGGAUGAAACUACAAGCUGUUGCUGGUGAUAAAGCGAGGACAGAAGACAGGCUUGAAAUUGAACGUCUUCGUGAUAAAUUGGAAAAAGCUAUUCAAGCUAGAGACGCGACUGAAAUGGAAGCUGGUCGUCUAGCGAAAGAACUUGAAAAGUCACAGAUGCAUCUCGCUAAAUACCAAGAAACGAAUGAGACUACGCGAGUAGAGUAUGACAGAAUGACUAAUGAAUUAGGAAGAAUGCACGAACGACUAGAGAGAACGAUUUUAGAAAUGCGUCAAGUAGAACAAGAAAGAGAUGCAUUAAGAGCUGAAAUACAGAACAUGAGACGUAAUGUAGAACAGCAACAGCGAACACUGGACCAUAGAACGCAGGAUACAUUAGUAAAAUUACAACAAGAAUUAGCUCAAUCGGUGCGAGAUCGAGAAAAAAUGGCUUCUAUACUAGAGCAAAGGGAUAAGCAAGCAGAUGCUAUAGAAAAGCAGAUAGUUAAACUGGAGGCAGACACAAAGCAGCUAACAAUUGAACGUGAUCAAUUGGUAGCGCAAUUAGAAAAGUCACAGGAUAUGCUUGUUAACUUCCAGAGAGAACUAAAUGCAUCGGAGACGGAACUUCAGAAACAACGGGAAGAAGUUCGUAGGUUGAAAGAGGAACAAAGAAAGAUAGCGCAGGACUCGGAGCGUGGUGCUAAAUCAGUUAUCGAGAAUAGAGAUAGAGAAAUUGCAAAACUUCAACAACAGAUGCAAUCUGUUACCAAAGAGAAAGACGCUCUACGACAAAGAGCAGAAAAAGCCGAAAAAGAUGCUCAGAAAGCUGGAGAAAUUGAAAAGUGGAGGAUGGCCGUUGAACAAGAAAAGACAAAAGCGAUUGCAGCGGAGAAAGCGUUAUCAGAAUGCCAGCAGCGUUUACAAUCUUUGGAAAAACAAUUCCACGCGCAACAACAGCAAUUGCAGCAGCUUCAAGCGCGCGGACCAUCCGACGUGCGCGAGGUUCAGAAGCAGCUUGAAGCGGCGCAAGCGGAGGCGCGGUCGCUCGCUGUGGAAAGGGAGCGUUGCCAGUCGCAGCUCGAGAUGCUCGUUCAGGAAUUGGAGAAGAGCCAGCUCGAUCUCCGAGAAGCGAACAAGAAACUCCAACAAGUUGGCAGCCAGAACGCCAAAGCUGGGGAAGAUACCGCUCAAGCUAGGAAACAUCUGCAAGAAGAAUUCAAGAAAUUAGAAGACGCGAGAAAACAGUUUGAAGAGAAUAGAAGAAUGGUUGAAAAUAAGCGUAAAGAUGUAGAAGAAAAGGAGAAAUCGCUGAUGGAGUUAGACCGACAGUUAAAGAAACGAAAAGAGCAAAUGGACCAAAUGGAAGCAUCUUUGAGGAAGGCUGGCGGCAGUGCAGCGGCAGUUACCGACCUGAAUCGAAAGCUGGGGGAUACGCAGAAGGAGGCUGACCAGCUGAAGCAGCAGCUGAAGACAAGCGAGGAGGAGUCCAAACGACUCGCGGCUGAGACCGAGCGGCUGUUGCAACUCGUACAGAUGUCACAGGAAGAACAGGCGCAGAAAGAAAAACAGAUCAUGGAUUUGCAACAGUCAAUACGGAACCUCCAAGCCAAACUCAAAAGUCAGCAACAAGCACAAGCACAAAGAGAAGAGGCCGGGCCCGCAGGCUUCCUCAAAAGCUUUUUCUAAGUUAGUUCUUCUCACCAAGACUGUCAUUUAUUUAUUUUCUCUUUUCGUUAACGUUUUUUCUUUAACCGUCGCGAGUACUAACAAUUCCGUGAGCGACUUCUCCAGACUCCACGUCUUUUGUUAAAGAACUUAUAUCACAUAAGCUUUACAAUUGCAAUUCGUAUUAAGUAAUGUUAUUGAAAUUUGUAUUGAAUAUUAUAAUGAAGUGUUCAGAUAAUAAUAAAGUAUCAAGUAUCACCUCUUGUUGAUAUAAACCGAGAAAAACCAUGAAUAUAUACAGGUUUUUAAACUUCAGUUCAUUGUAACCAGCACACAACUAAGGUAAUUAUUAGUUUAGCGAUAAUUUUUAAGUGAUGUUUAAAAAUUGAAUAAUCGUGUUCAGCGGGAAUUAUUUUUUAAGUAUUGAUAAAAAACAAUAUUGUAAAACUGUUAAGUAUUCAUGUAUCUAGGUAGAACCGUAAGUUGUCCACUAGUCGAUGUUAACCAGCUUUCAUUCUUGUUAUGCGAAAUAUCAAUUGACUAUGAAUAAAAGGAAAUCUAUGUUGACCUUUCUCGAGUUAUUUUUGAGUUUAUAUUGUUGACAAUUUUGUUACUUAUUAAAAAAUUCGUUUUUAUUAUUUUUUCAUUUUCAUUUCAACUUAUACCCCUUGCCGUGUAGGAGCUAACGCGAGCGAGACAGACCGAGAUUGCAGCAAUAAGCGACUUAACGAACACACUGAAAGAAAGAGACAGACUUAAAACUAAAU